CGAAGCCACCUAGAGACUCCGCGCUGCUUGGGUGCUGCUGCGCGUGCGCGGGCGGAGCGGCGCCGGAGCCGUGUUCUUUGCCGCCUCCGCCGCCGGGGCCACCUACCCUGGAUUUGAGUCUCGCGCCUUCUUCGUUCGCUCGCCGGCGGGUUCGCGCCCCUCUCGAGACCCCGGGCAGCGAGGCUGGGGAAGGGUUGGAGGGGGCUGUUGAUCGCCGCCUUUAAGUUGUGCUCGGGGCGGCCAUGUCGGCCGGCGAGGUCGAGCGCCUAGUGUCGGAGCUGAGCGGCGGGACCGGAGGGGAUGAGGAGGAAGAGUGGCUCUAUGGCGGCCCAUGGGACGUGCAUGUGCACAGUGAUUUGGCAAAGGACCUAGAUGAAAAUGAAGUUGAAAGGCCAGAAGAAGAAAAUGCCAGUGCUAACCCUCCAUCGGGAAUUGAAGAUGAAACUCCUGAAAAUGGCGUACCUAAACCGAAAGUGACAGAGACUGAAGACGAUAGUGAUAGCGACAGUGAUGAUGAUGAGGAUGAUGUUCAUGUCACUAUAGGAGACAUUAAAACGGGAGCACCACAGUAUGGGAGUUAUGGUACAGCACCUGUAAAUCUUAACAUCAAGACAGGAGGAAGAGUUUAUGGAACUACAGUAGGAACGAAAGUCAAAGGAGUAGAUCUUGAUGCACCUGGAAGCAUUAAUGGAGUGCCCCUGUUGGAGGUAGAUUUGGAUUCUUUUGAAGAUAAACCAUGGCGUAAACCUGGUGCUGAUCUUUCUGAUUAUUUUAAUUAUGGUUUUAAUGAAGAUACCUGGAAAGCUUACUGUGAAAAACAAAAGAGGAUACGAAUGGGACUGGAAGUUAUACCAGUUACCUCUACUACAAAUAAAAUUACGGCCGAAGACUGUACUAUGGAAGUUACACCAGGUGCAGAGAUCCAAGAUGGCAGAUUCAAUCUUUUUAAGGUACAGCAGGGAAGAACUGGAAAUUCAGAGAAGGAAACAGCGCUUCCAUCUACAAAAGCUGAGUUUACUUCUCCUCCUUCUUUGUUCAAGACUGGACUCCCACCAAGCAGAAACAGCACCUCUUCUCAGUCUCAGACAAGUACUGCCUCCAAAAAAGCCAAUUCAAGCGUUGGGAAGUGGCAGGAUCAAUAUGGGAGGGCCGAAUCACCUGAUCUAAGGAGAUUACCUGGGGCAAUUGAUGUUAUUGGUCAGACUAUAACUAUCAGCCGAGUAGAAGGAAGGCGACGGGCAAAUGAAAACAGCAACAUACAGGUCCUUUCUGAAAGAUCUGCUACUGAAGUAGACAACAAUUUUAGCAAACCACCGCCAUUUUUCCCUCCAGGAGCUCCUCCCACUCACCUUCCACCUCCUCCAUUUCUUCCACCUCCUCCCACUGUCAGCACUGCUCCACCUCUGAUUCCACCACCAGGUAUUCCAAUAACUGUACCACCUCCAGGUUUUCCUCCUCCACCAGGCGCUCCACCUCCGUCUCUUAUACCAACAAUAGAAAGUGGACAUUCCUCUGGUUAUGAUAGUCGUUCUGCACGUGCUUUUCCAUAUGGCAAUGUUGCCUUUCCCCACCUUCCUGGUUCUGCUCCUUCAUGGCCUAGUCUUGUGGACACCAGUAAGCAAUGGGACUAUUACUCAAGAAGAGAGAAAGACCGAGAUAGAGACAGAGACAGAGACCGAGAACGAGAUCGUGAUCGAGACAGAGAAAGAGAACGCACCAGAGAGAGAGAGAGGGAGCGUGAUCAUAGUCCCACGCCGAGUGUUUUCAACAGUGAUGAAGAACGAUACAGAUACAGGGAGUAUGCAGAAAGAGGCUAUGAGCGCCACAGAGCAAGUCGGGAGAAAGAAGAACGACACAGAGAAAGACGACACAGAGAGAAAGAGGAAACCAGACACAAGUCCUCUCGAAGUAAUAGUAGACGUCGCCAUGAAAGUGAAGAAGGAGACAGUCAUAGGAGACACAAGCACAAAAAAUCUAAAAGAAGCAAAGAAGGAAAAGAAGCUGGCAGCGAGCCUGCCCCUGAACAGGAGAGCACCGAAGCUACACCUGCAGAAUAGGCAUGGUUAUGGCCUUUUGUGUACAGUAGUGCCAGAAAUAGAUACUAUAAAUCUUAUUUUUCUGGAUAAUGUUUAAGAAAUUUGCCUUUAAUCUUGUUCUUUUAGUAUGAAAAGUUAACUUUUUUCUUCUAAAAUAAAAGAGUGAAUUUUUCAUGUUAAGUUAAAAAUCUUUGUCUUGUAAUAUUUAAAAAAUAGACAGUAAUGACUUUGUAUCGAAGAAAGUAAUGUGAAUGAGUCACUUAGCAGGGAACUUAAAGAGCUAUGUUUAGCUGUGUACAUAAUAUCUGAUUGAUAAAGGUCAAGGUUCCCUCUUGGCCAGUUUCCUUGAGGAGUUAAUCAAAUACCAGUCUCUUAAGAAGUUGCACUGCAAAAUGCAUCAAAAGGCACCUCUGAGUCUUGAGAUUAAAACUAGUCUUUUAUCACUGCUGUGGCACUAUUGCUUUGCAUAUUAAAGAACUCAUACAGUUUUGAUACUGCAACUUUUUUUUUUUUUUUUUUUUGUGGUAUGCGGGCCUCUCACUGUUGUGGCCUCUCCCGUUGCGGAGCACAGGCUCCGGACGCGCAGGCUCAGCGGCCAUGGCUCACGGGCCCAGCCGCUCCGCGGCAUGUGGGAUCUUCCCGGACCGGGACACAAACCCGAGUCCCCUGCAUCGGCAGGCGGACUCUCAACCACUGCGCCACCAGGGAAGCCUGAUACUACAACUUUUUGAUAGCAGGUUUUCAGUGUUCUAAAUUUGGGUUCAUGGUGAAACUAAAGGGGAACUUUUCUAUCCAAAGUAAUAAAAUCUAAUGGCACUUGGGUGACCUCUGAAAUAACUUGCCCUAAAUGUAGUUUCUGGCAGGCACAUGGACAAAAUACUCGUCACUGUGACAAAUUUGAAUUGCCUCAAAGCCAUCUUUUAUGAGCUAGGUCAAGCUGGUUUGGCCUUUCUUGAUGGUUCUUCCAAGGCUCGUUGGUUGAGCAGCACGUAGAGUUUGUAUACAGUUACUAGCUAUACUGUGAAUAAAAAUAAAUAAGCUUUAGAUUAGUCAUUUCCCAUUACAUUUAAGAAAGUACAAGUUUAUAGAAUUCUGUGAACAUUUUUAGGGAUAGCCCUUAGAAGGUAUUUGUCAGUGAUGGUAGCAACAUGGUUUUGAAAGAAUGAAUUACUAAGAACUUUUAAAUAGUGAUAAUAGAAAUGAACUUAGUAUCACAUACUAAAAGACAGCUAUAUAAUUUUUGAAAAAUAUUUAUUUCUCAUUUGAUGAACACUUUUCAGCAAUGCACUUUUAAAAUCCUGUCUGGAAAUUGUUUUUAAAAUGCCCAUAGUGUACCCUUUGCAGACCUCAGCAUAUACCAGAUUUUAAUUUAACUGUAUGAUUUGAAUUCAGUGGGGGCAUACAAACCAUGUCAGCUGUUUAAGAGCUUUUUAUUGAAUAGAAAAAUAUAAACUUAAAGUUCUAGAGUAAUGAGAAAUGCUCCACACUGAAUAAAAACUAUUAGUAAUGUUUCUAUUUUGAGAAUUAUAUUUUCUGAGGUGUAAUUGGCUUUUCAUUAGAUCCUACUUUUCCUGACAUUAAAGUUUAUAUUUUUACAUUGUAGCCUUCAAAUACAAAAAUCGAUAAGAUAAAUACAUUGUUUCAACUUAGCUUAUUUGUGAUUUCCUGUUUUUCUAUGACCCAUCAUUGAUUCUAUAAAAAAGUGCCGGGCCAAGAAGCAAUGGUGAGAGUAAUUUUUCCUUUAAGUUCUUUUAGCAUCCUUGCCAAGCAAGCAUGUAUCAUUCCUGAUGUACUCCUGCCAUUGACAGCAAGAAGAAUAUCACCACAUCUAAAAAAAAUAAAGGUACAUGAUUAACAUUUUGAGCCACAGCUGAAGUUAAUGCAAGUUUUUUUUGGUGGUCCCAGUUUUUGCUCCAUCUGUCAGUUUUAAUUAUGUUAUCAGUACUUCUAAUUAAGGUUCUCCCCCUCACUUAAAUUCUUCAAAUUCUAUUGUUCAGCUUGUUAUAGAAAGAAUGCUAAAAGUAUAGCAAGUUGCUGUAUGGGACCAAGAGUAACAAAUCAUUUUGGAUUUCUUAGAAAUGGAAUGCUGCAUAAAUGUUUUAAAUUUCUUACCGAUAAAAAAAGAUAUAAUAGGUGCCUUAUUUCACAUGGGGCCAGGCUUUUUGCAUGUAUAAAACACAAUCUUUGGAUAUAAGUUUUUUGUCAAGUAGUCAUUAUUAUUACCUGAUUCUUCCAUCGUUGUAUGCUGGUGUUCCUUCAACAAUGGAUUUGAUAAAGAAAGGUUUGUUCCCAUUGUAUUCUUCAUAACCUCCUACAAUGCAGAAGCCCAGACUUCCAGCUGUGUUUCUUCGCAGUAUAACAUCUUUACAGUUGUACAGGUACCUGAAAUAGAACGAAAUCAAUGUAAAUGCGCAGUUAAUUCGAACUCAUAGUAAUUACUGUGAUUCAUCUCCCAUUCCCUUUAUUGGCAUUAUUUUUUUUAGGCUUAAUAGCACUGGAUGGGUCUCAUUCAAAAUUGUGUCAUAGCCCAGUUACCUUUGUGCUUUUAGCUGGCUCUUUUUUUUUUUUUUUCCGGUAUGCAGGCCUCUCACUUUUGUGGCCUCUCCCGUUGUGGAGCACAGGCUCCGGACGUGCAGGCUCAGCGGCCAUGGCUCACGGGCCCAGCCGCUCCGUGGCAUGUGGGAUCUUCCCGGACCGGGGCAUGAACCCGUGUCCCCUGCAUCGGCAGGCGGACUCUCAACCACUGCGCCACCAGGGAAGCCCUAGCUGGCUUUUUCUAAUUUUUCUAAAAAUUUCUAAUUUCUAAUUUUUCUCUUUUCUAAAGCUAACCACCCUUUUAAAAGUGACACCAUCUAUUAUGUUCUGUUUAUGUCUACUGGGAAAGAAUCAUUUCUGGCUUAAAGAUUUAAUUUCUCAACUUAUAUUAAAGUUAUGCCUAAAUCUUUACUGAUGAACCACAUUCAAGCAUACUUACAGUUAUCAUAUUUUUAUUUCCUUAUGGAUGUGAAUAAUUUUUAAUGAAGGAAAAAUUCUUUGAAUCGUUAAUAUCUCAGUGGAAAAAAUUUAAAUGUAACCCUAAUUCAUUGGCUGAAGUUCUGACUUUUGAAAGAUACCAGUUUAUACAUAGUUUUACAUGUUUGAUAGGUUAUAUAGAAGCAUGCAGGCAGCGUAAUAUACUGAAUGGAGACUGAGGUGCAUUUAAAGAUUGUAAGAAUGAUUCAUACUGAAGGAGAAAAACCUGGCAGUAAGUUAAAAACUGAAUAGCAAGUUAUAACAGGAAUGGGAGAAAGACCAUAGGUCUUUUGUAAAUGGGUAGAACCCUCAGCUAAAAUAGAAAAUUUGAUUGAGGAAGCUGUUCCUUUUAUUAUUCAGUGGCAGUUGGAUCAGUGUUAACAUAGGUGCAGGCUAAGUACAAAACUGUGUUACAGUUAUGACAGAGGUAUGUCAGGAGCUGGAUUUGACUCCAAAAUCCCCCAAGUCCAGGAACUGGUUUGAAAGAGAAUUAGCAUUUUCAGUGUUGGUAAAAGUCAAGAUUUGGUGAUUUUGUUUAUAAACUGUACCUUGAAAUACUAAUUUUUUUGAAAAACCAAUAAAAAGUCUCUUGAGAAAUGUUCUGGUGAUGAAGCUGCUCAUUACAUUUGUUACUGACCUUGCUAAUCAAUGUAACAUGACUUUUUCAUGGCAUUUCGACUCCCAUUUGAAGUAAAACAAGCUUUGGGUUUGUCUGGUGGGUAACUUUAAAAUGUAGUGCUAAAAUGCAACUCAAGUUUGUUUUGUAUCUGUUGUCAUACAUAUAUAUCAUUUACAAUAAUUUCUUUUGCUGAAAUUAUUGCUGAAAAAUAUGAAUUCAUUAAAGGAAACAACCAUAUUUUUAUUAUAAAAUAUUCAUUUGCUGUAUUUCACAGUAAUACUUGAUGUUAGUAAAUUCAU